GGAGCGUUCCAUUCGGCCAGCAGUAGGCGGCUGCCACAGCUGUUUUAGGGCCCCCAUCAUAGGGGCUCCUUGUCUGGAGGAGGCAGCCUCCGGGCUUGGGAGGAGAAGUCGCUGCCGUCUCGGACGGCCGACGCGGUCCCCUGGGACAGUCCACUUCCUGCCCCCAGUCUCGGGCCGAGUUUGGGCUCCCAGGUUCAGGGUUAGAAGUUGGACUUUUGAUGAUGUUUGACCCAGCGGCAGCAAUAGCAGGCAACGUGAUUUUAAAGUUGAGCUCAGCUUCUGUUUUUUCCAUCUUGUAAUCACAAAAAGCAUCUGGACCAGGAAUUCCAAUCAUGUCUGUGAUGGUGGUGAGAAAGAAGGUGACACGGAAGUGGGAGAAACUCCCAGGCAGGAACACCUUCUGCUGCGAUGGCCGUGUCAUGAUGGCCCGGCAAAAGGGCAUCUUCUACUUGACCCUUUUCCUCAUCCUGGGGACAUGUACACUCUUCUUUGCCUUCGAAUGCCGUUACUUGGCUGUCCAGCUAUCUCCUGCCAUCCCCGUGUUUGCUGCCAUGCUCUUCCUUUUCUCCAUGGCUACACUGUUGAGGACCAGCUUCAGUGACCCUGGAGUGAUCCCUCGAGCCCUACCAGAUGAAGCAGCUUUCAUAGAAAUGGAGAUAGAAGCUACCAAUGGUGCGGUGCCCCAGGGCCAACGACCACCCCCUCGUAUCAAGAAUUUCCAGAUUAACAACCAGAUUGUAAAGCUGAAAUACUGUUAUACGUGCAAGAUCUUCCGGCCUCCCCGGGCCUCCCAUUGCAGCAUCUGUGACAACUGUGUGGAGCGCUUCGACCAUCACUGCCCCUGGGUGGGGAAUUGUGUUGGAAAGAGGAACUACCGCUACUUCUACCUCUUCAUCCUUUCUCUCUCCCUCCUCACCAUCUAUGUCUUCGCCUUCAAUAUCGUCUAUGUGGCCCUCAAAUCCUUGAAAAUUGGCUUCCUGGAGACGUUGAAAGAAACUCCUGGAACUGUUCUAGAAGUACUCAUUUGUUUCUUCACACUCUGGUCCGUCGUGGGACUAACUGGAUUUCACACUUUCCUUGUGGCUCUCAACCAGACAACCAAUGAAGACAUCAAAGGCUCAUGGACAGGGAAGAAUCGAGUCCAGAAUCCCUACAGCCAUGGCAACAUUGUGAAGAACUGCUGUGAAGUGCUGUGUGGCCCCUUGCCCCCCAGUGUGCUGGAUCGAAGAGGUAUUUUACCACUGGAGGAAAGCGGAAGUCGACCUCCUAGCACUCAAGAGACCAGUAGUAGCCUCUUGCCACAGAGCCCGGCCCUAACAGAACAUCUGAGCUCAAAUGAGAUGCCGGAGGACAGCACUCCUGAAGAGAUGCCACCCCCGGAACCUCCAGAGCCACCACAGGAGGUGGCUGAAGCUGACAAGUAGCCCAUCUAUGGAAGAGACUUUUGUUUGUGUUUAAUUAGGGCUGUGAGAGAUUUAAGGGGAGAAGAUAAGCCUGAGACAGAGAACAAGUAAGCUAUUUUUCUUUGGUCUUUAUUCAGCCAAUUGCACACUGGCAUUUUCUUGCUGCAAAUUUUUUUUUUCCUGGACUCAAGGCAGUCACAGAAGAUGUCAGUAACCUCUGGUAACUGGACAAACGGGUCUCUUGGGCCCCCGCACUGGUUUUCCAUGGAGUCUCCUUGGACUCCCCUUUCUUCCCUCCAGAUCUUAGCUCUCCUGCUUGGUGUGGUUAGUCCAUUUGUGGGGUUAAAGGUUCUUGAGACUGGCUCAGAUCAUCUCCAGCCGCUGCAUGGCAAGAGUCCAGAGGUGAUCACAGAGAACUCUGGCUAGGGAAUCCUAACUGGAUUCUUGGGGCUUCAUAAUUGAAGAGGAUGGAGAGUGGGGUUAGAGGAUUCUCCUGGCUACAAAGUGCCAACAUUGCCCACAAAUCCUUUCAGGAAUGGGGCAGGUAGCUUCCACUUGUUGUAUUUAUUCAUGUAGUUUCUCCUUUGUCCCCCAUCCACUUUCUAACCCCCAAGCCCCACUCUUUUCCAAUUAGAGAUAUGUAAGUAGUUGCAGUAUAGAUAACAAUUUACAUGUCUUAUAGAUUACCCGGAAACUUUUUAAUACCUGUGCCAUUCUCAUUAAGAAUUCAUGAGAUGCCAACGGCAUCACCCCUUGCACUCUCUGUCUCUUAUCUCCUCCUUUCUUACUAGUCCCAUUUAAUUUGUUUUCCUUCUGACUCUUGCUCUUUUAGGAGCAGGAAUGGCAGUAAUAAAAGUCUGCACUUUGGCGAUUCCUCUCCUCAGAAUAAGCCUGAGUGCUCACUUAAACACUACACCCCCCAGACUCCCUGUGUGAGGCCUGCAGAGGCCCUGAAUGCACAAAUGGGGAAACCAAGGCACAGAGAGGAUCUCCUCUCCUCUCCUCUCCUCUCCUCUCCU